UCUUAGUUUUAGUUAGCUGCCUGAAUGUUCGAUUAUGUAAGUAAUGGGCGUCAAUUAUUCCACCUCAUGAUCUAACCAUAUUCGCAAUAGCUCAAGCGAAAUAUCGACGCACCCAGAGUUUUUCGAAAUUGAUUGAAAACUCAAGAUCCAUCGACAACACCAACGACUUCAAUCGACCACAGAACCAAAAAUUCGCCAAUAUGUCGUCCAACAGAUUGACCUACAGACGCCGAAACCCGUGAGUCUCAAUUAUCUGUUGUUCGAAAAGCCAUAUAUUGAUUAAAAUAGAUACAACACUCGAUCCAACAAGGUCAGAGUUGUUAAGACUCCCGGCGGCGAGCUUCGUUACCUCCACAUCAAGAAGGCCGGUACUGCACCAAAGUGCGGUGACUGCGGAAUCAAGUUGCCAGGUGUAAGUUAAUAUUUCUCGACGGUUUGCGGGGGACAGCGGAAAGUCGAAAGUGGCUCAGAAAUGGAGAAUACAAGCGCGAAGCAUCUAUCUACGUAUCCAAUUGCCACCUAUCGAUCACCAAUAUAUGGCUUCCGGGCUCUCGACAGCAGCGACACUUCAUUAUGAUGGAUAUUUGGUCACGUAAAUGGUGAUCGAAGUGCUAAUUCAUUUUCUACAGAUCCCAGCUCUCCGACCCCGCGAAUACUCCCAAAUCUCCCGACCAAAGAAGACCGUUCAACGUGCCUACGGAGGAUCAAGAUGUGCCAACUGCGUUAGAGAUCGCAUUGUCAGAGCUUUCUUGAUCGAGGAGCAGAAGAUUGUCAAGAAGGUUCUCAAGGAGUCUCAACAAAAGAAGCGUUAAGUGGUUGAUUAGUUCUGGGUCCUUUGGUGUUCGACUGGGAAGGCUGGAUGAAUCGCAGCAGGAAAUAGCUGUAUAAAUCUCAGGGCUUCCACGAAUCUAUGAGCUUCGACUAUACUGAGUGCUUGUCCAUUGUGAGGUUGGCGUCAGAAUGCGCAAAGUGAACGAGGCUCGAUUUGGAUCUGUUCACCGGUUAGUGAAGCAGACAAAUGAUCAGGUUUUUCGAGCAACUAUGAAGAUCUUGCAAAGAAAAGUUCGAAGUAAUUUAAGAGUACGUGAGCCGGUUGUUUUAUCCAAUCCAUUAGUUUCAUUCGACAAGCCGGACAUUCGCAGAGAUGUACAUCCCCAAUAUCAAACCAUGACAGACUCCUGAAUCUA